UAAGAAUCGUAUUUGAAAAAUGGCAAGCUGGAAAUAUUCGUGUAUUAUUCAUCAAAGAUAAUAAAAUUGUUGAUAUGCCGAAUGGUUAUAAAUUUCGAUAUUCUUAUGGUGACAAAUAUGAAGAUAGAAAUAAGGGUGCUAAU